AGUAAAACGCCCGGCCGCGGCUCCAUCUGCAAACAUAAAAGCGGGAGUCGUUUGAGGGUUUGGGAGUCGUUCUAGGGUUUGGGUCUCUUGGCGUCUUCGGCUUUUCGUCUCCCAGCCUUGUCCCCUAGGAACGGCGGCCAUGGCGUCCACCAAGAAGGCUAAGAAGACUCACGAGAGCAUCAACAAUCGACUCGCUCUCGUAAUGAAGAGCGGGAAGUACACUCUCGGCUACAAGACCGUCCUGAGAUCUCUCAGAAGCUCCAAAGCAAAAUUGAUAAUCAUUGCAAACAACUGCCCGCCUCUCAGGAAGUCUGAGAUCGAGUAUUAUGCCAUGCUCGCAAAAGUUGGAGUACACCAUUUCAACGGGAAUAACGUGGACUUGGGUACUGCAUGUGGUAAAUACUUUCGAGUAUGUUGUCUCGGCAUUACAGAUCCGGGCGAUUCUGAUAUCAUUAAAAGCAUUCCUGGCGAGCAGUGAGUGAAAACAGCGGAAGUGACUAAUAUCUCCGUUUUGUAGUUUCAAAUGAUUUUGGUAGUAACUUGGCCAAUAGCCUUUAUUGUGUUGCUCAGACGUACGAGUGGUUCAUGGAAGAGGAGGAAAACUUUGUAGCAUGAACCAUUUGAUUUCUGUUCGUGUGCAUGAAUUUCUUUUUCAUUC